AAUUUAUAUAUGAAUAAAAAUGCGAGUUUGGUAUUUUAAAUAUCACUGCCGUAACAAAUGGUUAGUUUUAUAAGUGUGUAUGUGAUUUGCUAAUUUCGAUGAAAAAUACUUACACAUUUUUGUUAUAUUUUGGGAUUUGCUUAUUCAGUUUGUAUUCUAAUUGUUUUGAAUUAGAUAUUGGUCAAAUAAGCAAAUAUCGCAGAGGAGGAAAUGAGAUCAAUGUUUACAGGGAUGAUUCUGGUAAUUUUUACAAGCAUAAACCUUAUGAACCUUUUUUGUUGAAGGAAUUAUACUAUGAUGAUGAUGUAAUAUAUUUUGAUGCUUUGUUAACUAGCGAUCAACUUUUGAUAUCUGCCUCAGUUCUUUGGGUGUUGGAUAAUCCAACUGUAAUAUAUUUAAAUCUGGAAAAGUCAUCAGUUAUACUAUUAAAUGAAAACAAUUUGAUAUUAACGGUUGAGGCAAUAUUCUCGAGGGAAACUAUUUCCAACAUAAACCAUAAGUCGCAUCCUGACUCUGAUAAGCUUGUUGAUGUUGACAUACAACAAACUCAAAACUACGUCAGUAAUUCAUUGAAUGUUUCUGUUAACCAACUUCAUUUAUCAGGGAAUGGUCUCGAAAGAUUUGUAUUCAGAUAUUAUGACAUUGGUUCAUACAGAUUAAAUGAUCUUAUAUACGGAACUGAAAAUCGUUUAGGCUUUGGAAAUCUUACAACUCAUGUAAUAGAGGACGCUGUCCCGGGAAAUUAUGAAGAUAAAAAAAACAAUUUCCCCUUAAAUAUACCUAACAAGGAACAGGUUUAUGGAGUAUGCCUGUAUAGUUAUAAUAACUUCCCACUAGUUAUGGAAUUAGUUUAUACCUAUAAUAAAAGGCACUAUUAUGGUCAUACUCCUGGAAAAAAGUGGCAUAAAGUACUUAUGCCAACCAUAAAUGAACCAUAUUAUAGAGAAAAGCUACUUGACAGACUCAACUAUUAUGCUUGUAUGAAUGGAUUUAAGUAUAUAGUUGAUAUUAUGAGGACUUCAGAUAGAGAAGAUGACUUAUAUAGUAUUGACAAUUAUUGCAUUGGGCCCAAUGGUGUAGACAAAGUUAAGAAUAAUGUAAAAUUAAAACAAGAAACCAGAAGCGAUAACAGUAAAUACAAAUGUUACGAACAUUCUGGUGAGAACAUUGAAGAAUUCUUCGUAGAUAAUUUAUAUUGUGGAGACUCAAUUUUUCAACUACAAAAUUUGCCAAAAAACAUAGAUUCUAUAAGAGUGUAUAGAUAUCGAAAUAAUAAACCAUGUUUAAUUACUAUUGUUGACAAUAAUUCAUUGUUGUAUUACAAACGUGAAGGUGACAAAUGGAAAUACUUUAAUACUGAUGAGAAUCUCCCAGACAUCAAUACUAAAUUUAAUGAAAAAAUAAACAGACUCCUGGAUGAACUUGAUCCUGAUGAAGAACUUCGUGAGGAGAAACUAAAGAAUAAUCAAUGGAAGAAGGAGCCUAAAUUAACCUUUAUUGAGGUUGUUAACUUGUUACCUGAUAAAGUAAACAUAAAAGUUCAAGGUAAUAAAACCUAUCAAAUGCAAACGUUUAAAUAUGACAAGAGAGAAUUAGAAUCGAAAAGAUUAAAAAGAUUUCAGUUUGAUAUAUAUAGUUAUAUGGAUCCCAUCGAACAAAUAGCAGCAAUAAGUGAUGGCAAUCUUAAUACCGUUUUACAUGUAGAGACAAGGCCCAACUGUGCCUUGAUUGCCAUAUAUUAUGAUGGAAGACCUAUUAUUGAAUUCGAAAAGAAUGAUGUAUUAGUUCAUAAAGCUGUUUAUUUUUAUCACAAAACAACUGAUAAUAUGGAUGUUUACCUGUAUACCAACAGUUUAUAUGUUUACCAUUUCAGAAAUAAUUAUUAUAAGUAUGAUUAUAGAUGGGAACUAGUAUCCAAAGAACCUGUAAAACUAGCAGAUUCAGAUCAAACAGACGAAAAUUUGAAAAGAUAUUUUGAGGAAGUUAAAAAACUCAAUCCAAAAAAAGCCACUGAAAAAUCUAAAAAAAUUAUAGUAAAUGGUGAUGCAAUAAAUUUAAUGAAACAUGAUGAAGUAACAAUAUUGACAAGAAAUUACUUAAAGGAAACAAUAGUAACAAUCAAGAAAGAUAAAUCUAAAAAUAACCAAUCAAAAGAAGAAUUUAAUGUAGACAAAUUUGAUGGCUCUUCUGGUGCUAAACAGUCUUGUUCUCAUAGUGUAGUCAAAUAUAAUGAUCAAACACUGGUAAAUUUAAAUGAAAGCAUGUAUCACCUUAUAAAGUUAAUAGAGUUCAUUAAAGAAAAUGAUGAAUUGACCCUUUAUUUAUAUACCAACACGCUCUAUGUCUUUAGAUUUCAAAAGAACCCCCCUAGUAAUGAGUGGAAGUUUAUAAUACUUCAACCUGUAAUGUGUCCUUAUAAAAAGGUUAGUGAACCACUGGAACCUUACUUUACUAAGAUGAAUGAAAUUAAUAAGCUCGACUUCAAAGUUAAUAUAUUUGAGAACAUUAUUGAUCUACUUCCUAACAUAAAUGUUAAUAUAACAACCAAAUUAAACGAAAGGUAUAAUAUUACCACCAUAAAGAAAAACUUGGCCCUUUUAAAGAAUGAUGAAAUUAUUAAAAAAGAGUUUGAUGUUCAUUAUUACCUUCAUAGCGAUUACACAGAACAUGGAAUCUCAGAAUAUCUUAAAUUUAUGAAUAUGAAAAGAAGUGGAAAAGAUGAAGCCAAGGUACACACACUACCAUUAUAUGCAAUCAAUCACAUUAAAUGGAGUUAUGCUGAUGUUUUCAAGGUUUAUUUCAAGGAUAGGUGCGUAUUCCUUGCUGUGGAAUAUAUUCAUAAAGAUAAUCAUACUCAUAUAUACGGAUACACGAAUGCUUUAUAUGUUUUUCAUGCAUAUAGGCAUGAUAACGAUGGUUAUAAUUAUCAUGAUUGGAAACGUAAAAAGGAACCGGCGGUAAUUGAUGAUUCGACUAAUGAUGAUCCAAAAAUCAGUAGAGACUUAAAAAAGUACUUCAAACUGGCAAAGAAUAUCAACAAUUUUGACUUCGAUUAAUAAAUGUUUAAAAUAAUUUGAAUUGAAUCAUACCUUGUAGUGGAUUAUAAAUGAGUUGUUAUAAAAUAUUAGUUUAUAGUAUAUUCACGUUUAUUAGAGUCUCAAUUAUAAUUAAUUUUAGUUACACAUCAGAAGAAUCUUCAAGAUAACGAAGAUUUUGUGGAUGUCG